AUGCUGAUUCACCCUACUUCAUAUCGAGGAAUCUAUCUGGAGAAGGCACCGACGAAUAUCCUUCCACUACGCAGUGCCGCGUUCGAUUCUAGAUGCGACCACCCGCUCACAUUUUAUGACGGAACGGAUACGCUGGCAUCCCAGUGCGCAAUUCUCGAAAGCUUCGGCAAGCCUACACAGUGUAUUUCAUCCGUGUUUCCAAGCGAGGUGGCCAAACCGCAGAGUGAAGUUACUCGUGCAGUGGGCGCCCUAGUGGCCGCGCAUCUCCCCAUCAUCCGCAGCUGCCACAAACGAAAGAUGCAAGCAAUCUUGACGGAGGCUCGUCAAAAACUCUGUGCGUAUCGGACAGCAUUGAUGAAGCAUAGGCGUGCGCUUCGUGAACAGGAUGUGACAGCUCAUGCUCUACCCCGCAAGGCUGCUGAAAAGUAUGCCGUGAAGCAGCUCAAGGGCACGCAGCAUUCGUGCAGUCUGAGCGCUGGGAGUGUUUCGUUUCAAAUCGGUCGUGGUGACGGGUUCGUGCGUGAAAAAUCAGUGUCGUCGCUGAUUCAAAUCAACCGGAUCAAUGAGGUUCGGCCCCUGCGGAAGUAUACGACGAGCAUCGGAGUACGUGAAAAUUAUCGAGUCGAUGACGAUCCGAUCCUGCGCUACACAGCUAUCACAAGACGAAACAGUGGAGAUGGAGGCGGCGAAGCUGCGAGGAAGUAUGCUGUGAGAGUUGGAAGCCUGGCUGACGAAGAGGUGAUGGAGUAUGUGUUACGGCUGGUGGUGGGCCGUCUCGGCGACUCGGAGCAGGUGUUUCAGGCCCUCAAAAGUGAGCUGGAUUUCUCCCAGGCGUACACAGCCUACUGCGAACUGAAAAAGUUGCAUGACUCGCGGCAGCGAGCGAGCACUAGGAUCGACCAGGUUGAGAAGCUGAAGCGCGAUGGAUUGCAGGCGUUAGACCCGGACGUUGCGGCUAUUGUGAACUUGAUGGAGCAGGCGUCACUGUCAAAGUGCAGCCGCAAGAAAGUUUUGAGCCGGCGUUUGCAGCCGCCGAUUGGUACUCUCGAAUCAAGCCUGGUGGACUGCCUCGUUGAUGGCGCGACCGCGGGCAUGGCCGCACUGGGUUUGCGAUCGAUGGACAACUACGCCGACCUUGUGGACGUCUACUGCGGCUCGUUCUGCCGGAUGUGCUACAACUACGCCUGCCACGAGCACGGCGGAGACCACCCCUUACCAGCCAGGCGUGUCGAUCCUGUGUACCCUCAGCUUAGGCCGGGGGCAACACCUAUUGCGCGAGUCUUUGCUGACCCAUCUGAGUUCGUCGACGACUCGCAUGUGCCGGUGGUAGCAACGAAGAUGCAGCAGUUCCUUUCCAAGAGCAGCGUCUGUAGCAAUCUGUGCUGGAAGAACGGCAUCUCUGACGACAGUGACAAGCGACCAGCGUUAUCUGCAGCGGAGAUGGGUGUGGUGGGUAAGCUGCGCGAGACAAUGGGUGACAACUCGUGCUUGUUGGCGGCGGUCAUCGGCUCGGCCUCGUGCACUGAGCUGCACGAAUUUAUCAUGAAGGAGCGAGUGAGCGACGAGGGCGCAGUGCCGGAUGGGCGAUCGAGUCGUCGGUCACGGAGUUGGACAAACGGGCGGAGGUCGGGUGGGAGCAACCAUGAACUGUUGCAGAGGACUCGCAACCAGCGCCUACAAGAUCGCGGCACGGAGAACCAUGAGUACAAGCCG